AAACGGGUCGUCGUUGCUGGCUUUACAUAUUAUCUAUAACCAGCAUCGGUUUAACUUAUUUUACAUCUGAAAGGCAGGGUCAGUUCAAACUGCGCCCAGGUCCUUUAUAGCGAUAUUUUCACUAGUAUAAUUAGUAGUGUUGGUGUGAUUUUGGCGGCGGAUGUGACGCCUGUCUGAGCUGUAGGAUGCUGUACACUGAGGGCUGUGUCAGUCUGCUGGACCAUCAACACAGUCUGCAGUCCAAUCGAAUAUUCAUUAACGCCUAAAUACAGCAGAUUUGCUAACGUUAAAGGUUUAGCAUUUCCGGUUUUGCACAAGAAGAUGAAAGCUAACUUGUUAAAGAAAAGAAAAAAGAAAACCAAACAACUACCAUAUUGUGAUGAAGAGCCAUUGCCAAGAAAUGUUGAUGGCAUUAGUAUUGACACCAAUGAAACCAAAAGAUCUAAUGACACUCAGGACUGUGCUGUGAACACCUGUCCUGGGGUCAUACAGAUCAAAGCAGAAGAUGGAGAGCUGGAAGCUUUGGGAGUCGUAAUGGUGUCAUCUGAACAACACCAACAGCAGCAGCAGCAACAGCAGAAAGUCAAUCUGCAGCCUCAUCCUCCUGCUUUCAGAUCAUUUGUUCCAAAGACCGAACCAGACUAUGUCCCUUUAAACCCACCUAGUUUUCAGGUCGAAACUGAGCCUGGCAUUUUUGAAGUACUGCAGAGAGAGUCUGCCUUGAUUGUAAAGGAGGAGAAUGACAGUUGGAAGGAAGUGAAGCUUGAGACGCUAGAUGAAAACUCUGUGGGUGAUUCUGGCCUUGAGAAAAACACUGCUUCCUCCUCCCUGGUUUUUCCUUGUCCCCAUUGCAGUGUGACAUUCACUGAUUUUACAUACUUGGACAAACACCUCAAAUGGUGCCAUCGAAGUGAAUACCUGGCGUGGGUGAAAAACCACAAAGUCUACAACUGCUCUAAAAUCUCCUCCGGGAUGCUCAGCUGCUCAUCAUGCCAUUAUCGGUUCUUCUCUCAGAGAGAGCUGGAGACCCACAUGCGCAGGGUCCACCUCCCUACGCCCAAACCCAUCCGAAAGCGCUACACCUGCCCGCACUGUGAUCGCAGCUUCGAUUACAUCGGUAACCUGCAAAACCACUGCCGCAGAUGCCAUGGCUUAGCCACGGUGUGUAAAGAUGGACAAAUUAGCUGUGCUAAAUGUGGCAAAAGCUUUGCUGGAGUCUGGGGUCUCGGACCACAUUGCUGCCAUGAGGAUGAGAAGAAAACCAAGGUGGCUGUCGACGAACCCAUCUGCACAGACCGUGGCUAUAUAUGCCGAGACUGUGGCAAGAGCUGCUCUACGCUUCAGUGUCUGAAGAGACACGAAAGCACUCAUACUGGUGAGAAGCCAUGCGUCUGCGAAGACUGCGGCCGUAGGUUUCUUGAUAUGGGGAGUCUGCGGAAACACAAAGUCAUACAUACAGGGACCCGGCCAUUCAAGUGCCCCGAAUGUGGUAAAGAGUUUGCAAGGAUGGCCCAGCUCAGAUGUCAUCUGCGAACCCACACAGGGGAAAGGCCGUACCCUUGCCCCCAGUGCGGGAUGAGAUUCAGCCUCCGAUCGACACUUCGAAUCCACCAACAGGUUCACUCCAAGGAAAAAACAUUUUCAUGCCCAGACUGCGGCAAAAUGUUCUCUGCUAUGAGAUACGUAAAGGUCCACCAAAGAGCGCACAACUCCGAGCGAAUGCUGCAGUGCAGAGAAUGUACGAAGACGUUUUCACGGGAGGACGUGCUCAAGAAACACCUACGCAUUCACACGGGCGAACGGCCGUACCAGUGCAACGUCUGCAGCAAACGUUUUGUCCGCAUCUCGCACCUGAAAAACCAUAUGCGCACACACACCGGCGAGAAACCGUACCGUUGCGAGCAGUGCGGCUCCAGCUAUGCCCAGUCCGGCGAUUUGACCAAACACAUGAGGAGACACACGGGGGAAAAACCCUUCGCAUGUUCUGACUGCGACCGCCGCUUCAACAACUCGGGCGACUUGAGCAAGCACAGGCGCAGUCACACGGGCCACAGGCCUUACAAGUGUAUGGAGUGCGGGAAGAGUUUUCUCAUGCCCCAGCACCUGAAGUUACACAAACUAACACACACGGGCGAGAGGCCGUACAGCUGCCCGCAGUGUCUCCGCACCUUCACUCGCCCACACCACCUUUCACAACACAUGGAAAAACACAUAUGAGGAUGGAUGGAGGGUGGAUAGCUGCACGACUUCUGUCAAAUCUAAACAGAAUUUAAGUAAAAUUUAUUGGGAGUUCAUAGAUGAAUUGGAAAUCUGUUUAAUUUUUAAAAGUAACUGAAUCCAGAUGCAUAAUCUUCCUUUCUGGACUGUCCUUAAAUGUUUAACAUAAUAGUCAUUUUGCAUGCUCAGCUCCAUUGGAGAUAUCGAAUAGAAUUAAUGCCUUACACUCUUUUUUUUGGUAAUACAUUUGUUUCAAACCACAGUUUGUCUGAUGCUUUUUGGCCAAAUUUAUUACCAAAAAAAGUGUCUAUUUAAGCUAGAGGCAUCAUUAGCAGUGUAGCUUGAAUUGUUUAUUAAUUUAUAAUUCAUAUUUAACCAUUUAAAAACACUGUUGGUUCUACUUCUGCUGUGGCCUAGUAAUAUUCUAUGAUUAUUAUUAUUAUUUUAAUAUUAAUCUGUGAGCUUUAUGAUUCAAGGGCUGCACCCAGGGGCGGAGCGGGGGUGUGGCUAAUGGGGCUUAAACCCCAAAUGUUUACAUCGUCUGGCUCCGCCCCUGGGUGCACAUCUAUGAUUUGAGGUCAAAAUUUCUCUUUGCUGUACUUAAGGCAUCUGCAAAUAUGGAAAAAAUAAAAUUACAGAGGUUUUAUUUCAGUUUCAGCACAUUUACAAUGUGUAGCUGUGAUUUUAGAGUUCCAUUACUCACGUUUUGUGUUAAUAUAUGAAAGUAUUUACUUUUGCCUCAUUCAUUUUUAAUCCUAUUUCCAGAUGCCUUGUGUACAGCAUAAAAGCAAUUAUCUGCUUUAUAGAGGGCACUGUACAUCUGUUGAAUUGCGUGUUGAAUUGUCACCAAGUAAAUACUGUAAUGAGUUGUUUUUUUACAGCUUGCUGUUGUAGUUAAUCCAUUUGAUGUCACUGUUCAAUGCCAAAGUAUUCUGAGAGUAAGAUAAUUGUAGUAUUAUUGUGGCUAGUUAAGAUGAAAGUAAAUUUACAUUUAUGCUUGGAAGCACUAGUAUUCCUAAUGUACUAUAAAAAAAAAAUCAGUAUGAAGGUUUAAGACAUAUGUUCGUAAUUCCACUGUUUAUUUUGAAAGAGUUGAUGAAAUCAAAUGAGUUGUGCUAAAUAAAACUCUCUCAGUGAUUUCUUCAUUGUAUCGGCUUGAACCGUGCAUCUGAAACUGUAAUCUUCUUAUCUUAAAACAGUAAAUACAGUAUGCAAACCAUG